CAUCUCACUCUCAAUUCCCAUUUCCAUUUGCAAAAACUCCGCCUUUCUUUUCAAUUCUUCAGAGUAAUUUCAUUUUGUCGAGGUUUCCUCAUCUGGGUUUCUUCUCCCUUUUCCUCAAACAGAAAGGAAUUUCAGGUUGAUAAAGCUUUCUUCCGGAAAAUGGAUGUCUUGCAUUUUCUCGUCGGCGUUUUCGGAAAUGCCACUGGUCUCUUCCUCUUCUUGGCUCCUACGAUUACAUUUAAGAGGAUCAUAAAAAGCAAGUCCACAGAACAGUUCUCUGGCAUUCCGUAUGUGAUGACCUUGCUCAACUGCCUCCUCUCCGCUUGGUAUGGCCUCCCCUUUGUAUCCAAAAACAACAUUCUGGUUACAGCAAUCAACGGUACAGGAGCAGCAAUCGAAUCAAUCUACGUGCUGGUCUUUCUCAUCUACGCUCUAAAGAAGGAGAAGGCAAAAAUUCUCGGUCUCUUCGCGUUUAUACUCACUGUUUUCUCAGCCAUCGCCUUGGUUUCUGUCCUGGUCCUGCAUGGCAAAGCCAGGAUGCUCUUCUGUGGUUUGGCUGCUACCAUUUUCUCCAUCACCAUGUAUGCCUCACCUCUGUCCAUCAUGAGGCUGGUGAUCAAGACCAAGAGUGUGGAAUAUAUGCCAUUCUUCUUGUCACUUUUUGUGUUCCUCUGUGGCACUUCAUGGUUUAUUUUUGGUCUUCUUGGCCGUGACCCUUUUAUUGCUAUACCUAAUGGCUUCGGAUGUGGGCUUGGAGCAAUUCAGUUGAUCUUGUACUUCAUCUACCGGAAGAACCAGGGUGAUCCCAAGAAGGAAUCGACGGCUCAUGGCUCACUGGAGAUGGGACUGGAAAAGCCUCCUCAACAGGACAAGCAAUUGAAUGGUACAAAUACAAAGAAUGGUUCACAGGAUGAACAACUUUAGUAGAUUCUGUGCUGAUGAAAUCUAUACAGAUGGUCCAAACCAGAGCAUGAAUCAGAGCGCAUCGCUUCUAAGUUUCUUCUGUAACAUGCAUGUUCUAUGUUUUCGUGGUUUAAAGAAAAAUGCUAGUGCAUAUGCUUUCGUAAGAAUAUAUAUAUAAGAAAAAAAAAAAAAAAAAGGCUAUAGCAGCCUGCUUCAGGCUCUCCAUUUGUUAAAUCCUUGUGACGAAUGGCAUGAGAUCAAAAGCUAUAAGAAAUUGGUGAAUAAAAGUUUAGAAUAUAA